AUGUACCUUUGUACCUAUACACUGGAAAGUUCAUGCACUUCAAUCUCUACAAAUUUGGAUGGCUUGCAGAUGCAAGAUGCACUCACUAGUUGCACUGCAUUUACCCAUGCAUUAGCAUGUAGAUUGCAUAUGCAUCGAAGGUCACUUCUCCCGCGCUCUCUUUUCAGCCCCGUGUCACAACCACGAAUUUGCACCAUAUUGGCUAGAAUUGGACCCGAAAAUGGGGAAUUGGAGUACGAUGUAAACAAGGUUGGGCGUCAUUUUCAUGGAAUUAUCGGUAGUAAACAAUUUUUCUGGCAUAUUUACAACUAUAUUUCCGUCUCUUACUGAAUUGAAAUCCGCUAGAAUGGGCCAAUUUCUCCGUGCAGAGUGGCGCUUUUCAUCGCCCUUGGUCAGACGGGUCAUUGCUGGGUGCACCAGGCCAAAUAGCUUGGAGAGUUGUCCUCGCCUCUUUCUCGCCAGGCUCUUUAUCCGAAGUCUGGCAUGACCCCCAAAACGCAAGUAACCGUUGCAGCGGAUGGGCACAGCCUUACAGAAAUCUUUUGAGCACACCGCACGUCAUACUUAUGGUUACAAAUUAUAUCGAGUUCAUCAAUGAUCUUGAGCCAAUCAUAACUUGA